CAUUCCUCGCAAAUCUGUAAUCUCUAUCUAUUUCCUCUGACUUAGCUUAUAUAGCACCUUUCACAAUUUAUCACAACCUAGCUAGCUAAGAGCCUAAGAGAGUGGCAUUUCAUACACUUUUCGAGCCUUUCGAUCGAUCCUUAACUCGUUGCUUUGUUGACACUGUCUUCAUAUUUCACCGCUGAAAAGACAGCAGCUCGCUAUUUAGAAAAUGGAGGUUGUGACAGAGAUGGCUUCUGAGAGACCCGUUGUGAUCUUUAGCAAGUCCUCGUGCUGCAUUUCUCACUCAAUCAAGACCUUGCUUUGUGAUUUCGGUGUCAACCCAGCAGUGCAUGAGCUUGAUGAGAUGCAAAGAGGGAGAGAAAUAGAGCAAGCUCUGUUGAGGCUCGGAUGCAACCCAUCUGUGCCCGCUGUGUUCAUUGGUGGUGAGUUUGUUGGCGGAGCCAAUGAGAUCAUGAGUCUUCAUCUUAAGCGCUCCUUAAUCCCCAUGCUUAAGCGCGCCGGUGCUUUAUGGGUUUGAUCAAUCUAAUCAUCAAGUUAACCACGUACUUAAUUAUGCACUAGGGAUGUAAUGUAUGUGGAUGAUAAUAAUAAAUAUGACAUAGAGCUUGCGAUCUAGAGUUCGGUUGUGUCUAAUAAGCUGCAUGGCUUUUUUUGUAAUCCCAUGCAAGUAAUAGUGAUCUGCAUUCUCAAACAAGUUGUAAGUUGUAACCAAUGACAUUUGUCUUUAAUGCAGUAUAAAUAAAUAUUAUAUGA